AUGGCAGUGCAUCGCCAGGCCCAAAGCUGGCGAGCAAAAUAUCAUUCUUCGCAGGACCUCGGCGAGGGGGCCACUGCGACAGUGCUCCGGGCAGAGACAGAGAAGGCGCCAAAAGAAGACUCGGUCCUUCUGCUUAGGUGUUACAGUGUGAGCUGUGAAGCUCCGCUGGGCCUCACUUCAGUAAGCGGCAGGCCUGUGGCAAUAAAACGCUUCAAAAAGCCUGCUACUCGCUCUUUCCAGCUGGAGCUGCACGCGUUGAAACGCGUUGGUGUCCAUCCAAAUAUUGUUCGCCUUCUCGAGAGCUACAGCGGUUCGGAAGAUGUGCUGGUUCUCGAGUACUGCGACAGUCUCACCCUCUAUGACUUGAUUAUCAAGCGCUACAAAACUAAGAUCCAGUUUGGUCGUUUGUUGACUUCUCAGCUCACACAGCAACUAUUGCUGGCACUUGAGCAUGUUGCCAAAUGUGGCAUCAUCCAUCAAGAUGUGAAGCCCGAGAACUUGAUGCUAUAUGACCUCAGCAUUGAAGAGGAGCGUGUUCACUUAAAGCUGGGUGACUUCGGAUGGGCUGUAAGUCAUGCUGAUCCCUCUAUGAAUUCUCCAGAGGGUGCUGGAUCUCUUUGGUAUGCACCACCGGAAUUGAACCCCCCGGUGGAAGGAGUAGUUUGCAAGUCAGGAGCUGUACUUGGCAAGUCGGACAUGUGGAGUGCCGGAGUAGUUAUCUAUGUGCUACUGGUUGGACACAACCCGUUCCACGGUGCCAGCAAACUGAAGGAUUCCCAGAAGGUGGAAGAAGAGGUGCUCAGACUGGUGGCCAAAGGGGCUUUUGACAAGAAGUCGCCUCCAUGGCUUGCAUUGCCCAGAGACGCCAAGGAGUUCAUCACCCAACUCUUGCAACCCUCUCCCGAACUACGGCCAUCCCCCGCAGCUGCGCGCCAACAUGCCUAUAUGAGCGAGCAAGAACAGCGAGGUCUUCCGGACCUUCGAGGCCUCUCCUGGGCAAAGCGUGGAGGAAUGCAACGCCUUGCAUGGGUGGCUGUAGCACAGGCCUGUGCAGAAUCUGACCUGCAUGGAGACCUGGUGCAAUUCGCCUUUGCUUCGGUGGCAUGGGACGCACUGGACACCCCUUCAAGCCUGGCCAGUGAGAAGUACAUUUUUUGCCUUGCAGAGAAGCUGAGCAUGAAGCCAGCGGCUUGGCUGAAGGAAGGUCGCUGGAAUGAUGUAUGUCAGUUGGCUUUCCGCUACCUUGACGUGGAUGGUGAUGGCUUGUUGAGCGUGAAGGACUUGAGCAAGCACAUCAAAGAGGACAACGCACUUCAUGUGGCAACCAACUGGGUGAACCUUUGGGGAGAUGCUAAGGGUUUGUCUGAGGAGGAUUUCCAGGAUGCACUUCUUUGUGAUCAAUCUGAAGACUCUCCGCUUCCAUCAGCCCCUAUUGGGGAUCUAUGGCAGCAGAUGUAUCUUGCUGAAGCUGCCCGGCAGCCAGAACCGCGGCCGCGACCGGCUGCGGAGCCAGCUGCGCCUGCGGAGUUCAAGGCCGAGGUUGCAGAGAAUCGGCUUUGGCAGGAGAUGCGCAGGGCAGAGGCCUAUUCUCAGUCGAAUCUUGCGCAGCAGCCAUCCUCUAGGUCCAAGCACUCCAAGUGUUGGAAUGUCAGAAAUCUCACGCACGAGAAAGAACGCUUUGAAACGAUACAUGGUCUCAACGCCCUACGCCGAGAGCUUAAACGAGCCCAAGAGAGGGAGUCACAAGAAGAAAACCGCUUCGCUGUGCUGAGGUUGGAGCUCCUGAAGCAGAAAAGCUUCAUCACGGAUGAGCACGGAGAAGGAGAAGAUUGGCAAGCUGUGAGUGAAGCCGCUUCAGACUUGGUUGAGAAUACAGCACAAGCCUUGGAGCAGGCAGAAGAGCUUCACGAGCAGAUCCGAUUAAAUGCUGCCACACUCAAACCGGGUUCAGAGAUGGUGCAAAGUUGCGCAGACUUGCAAGAGGCUCAUGAAACGAUCAUCCAGCUCAAGAAGCAGCUGAAACAAGUCGAGAAGAGGAAAGAAGCUGCCAGGUCGCUAGUCCUCAUUCAGCACGAGAUGGAUCAGCUGCAAAAUGACACAACCAGGAGGCGCCCAAGUUCCAGUGAGCUAGAGGCGAAGAUUCAAAGGUUGGAGAGGAAUUCACUGUUUACGGAAAUUGUCAAGGCCGAAUCAGAAGCUGAAGGCCUUCCAGAGGUUGUUUUGCAGGUGAAACCCUCGAAGGAGCUCCGCAAAAUGAGAGGGCAGCACAUGCCGCUAAAGGAAGUGCUAGGCCAGCUUGAAACUGAGUGGGCCUUUCACUUCAAGCUCGAGGAAAAUGCUCUCACACUUCCAGUGAAGCCCUUCAUGAUGGCACUGAAAGCUCGCUCGCCAUCGAACGACAAACACAACGACAAAGUGAUCCUGGUGCUGAUGUCACCAUCUGACCUAGCCAGCAAGUACCUAGAAGUGGACGUGUCUUCUGCCCAAACAGUUCAGCGCUAUGGGAAGAAACCGCCUGAUGCUGUUCCGACUGCCUUGCAGCUGAUCCGGAGCCUGUUGGGCUUUAACAGCCAGGUUUUUCUGAUGGCAGCUGUGCAGCAGUUGAUCCGCAAAGCUUUGCAGUGCCGUGCAGUGGAGGUUCCUCAAAACCUCCAGGCAAAACUGCGCAAGUACCAAGCCCAAGGCUUCAGGUGGUUGGCAUCCAAUGCUGAAAACGGCAUAGGGAGCUUGCUGGCCGAUGACAUGGGCUUGGGAAAGACCCUACAGUCUGCUGUUCUUCUGCAGUACCUUCGAGACGAAGGUCACAUCACGGCAGAGAAGCCUGCCCUCGUGGUGGUGCCUUUCUCGGUCCUGCGAAACUGGCAGUCAGAACUGCGGCGUUGGACACCCUCAGUAAGAACGCAGCUCUACCAUGGUAAAGAUCGAUCUCUGGAAGGUGACACAGGUGAGGUGCUGAUCACAACCUACGGAGUGGUGCAAACGGACCAGGAGAUGCUGUCAGGUUUCAGCUUUGCCUGCAUUGUCCUAGACGAGGGCCAGUACAUCAAGAACAGGAAAAGCCUCACCGCACAGGCAGUCAAGAAAGUUGCAGCUGAGUGCGGAAGCAGUUGUGCCCGUGUGGCCUUAACAGGUACACCCAUAGAAAAUCACUUGGGUGAGCUAUUUUCCAUCUUUGAGUUCCUUAAUCCAGGCUUUCUUGGCAGCAAGGAAGAGUUUUUGAAAAACUUCAACCAACCGCUACAAAAGGCGAGUGGCCGAGAGGCCGCUUUGGCACGUUUUCGAGCACUAGUAGGACCAUUUAUGCUCAGGCGUCUCAAGGACGACAAAGCCAUCGCACCAGAGCUGCCUGACAAGGUGGAAUAUGAGUACAUGGUCGAGAUGACCGAGGAACAGUCGGAGCUCUACACGGCAUGGACUGAGAAGUUGCUUCAGAAAGUCCCACGUGAAGGUGCUAUCCCAGACACCAAUGUGCAAGAGCUGCAGGAGGGGAAGUCGUCCAGCUCCGGCCGAUACUGGGCAGUCUUCACGUUGCUGCACCGAUUGCAACAGGUGGUGAAUCACCCCGCUGCAAUGCCACGGGAACAUCAACUCAAAGCGCAUGCCCAUGAUGUCUCCAAGAGUGGCAAAAUGACAAAGCUGUUGGAGCUCCUACAAAGCAUUUGGGAGGAUUCGCAGGAAAAGGUGCUGAUUUUCACGCAAUACCGUGAUACUCAGCAACUUCUCGCUGAACUUUUGGGGAAGCACUUUCCAGACCUGAGGCCUUUGCUCUUCCACGGCGGCCUCAAUUCUGAUCAGAGGCAGAAGGCUGUUGAUGCCUUUUCUGGUGAUGCGAGCUGUCGAGUGCUGAUCCUGACUUUGAAGGCGGGUGGCAUAGGGCUGAACCUCACGGCAGCCAGCCAUGUUGUUCACUUUGAUCGCUGUUGGAAUCCUGCCAAAGAAGCGCAGGCAACCGAUCGUGCACACCGCAUAGGACAGCACCGCACUGUGCUGGUGCACCGCUUCACCACCAUGGGAUCCUUCGAAGAACGUCUGGCGCAGAUUGUCGCAGGAAAGAAAUUCCUUGCUGAUUCAACCAUGUCCAGAAAUUCGAGCUCGGGCGAUAUUGCUCAGGCUAUCUCUGGUCUUUCUGAUUCGCAGCUGAGACAGCUUUUCAAUCUAACACAGUCGAAUGGAUGA